GUUUCGGGUAUUAAAAUGCCAUUCUCUCAGUUUGCGUUGAUAUCGUGGAUUCUGAUUAACGUGAGUUCCGCACAAUCGCCCCUGACUGACCCAAAAGUGGCGAGCUGUCCUAGUAUUUGCCUCAACGAGUCCAGUCACCAGGAAAUUAGCAAUCUGAAACAACUGCUUAAUCAGGAAUCCCUAAUUAGACUAUCACUAAUGAAGCAGGUGUACUCCUUGGUCAGUGAUAUGAUUACUAUCAAACAGAGAAUAGCUGGUGUUUUCAUGGAGGGACGGCAAUUUGAAGACAAGCUAGAGGCGAUGGAAAAGACGAUUGAAAGUCUUGGAAAUGAAAAUCAAACACUGCGCACAGAACUGGAGCAGACGAAUAUCACCGUUAUCAACGUAACGGAUUGUAUGACUAAGUCAAGGGAUUUACUCCAUGCAAACAGUUCAAACGCUGAAGGUUCUAACUCCUAUCAAAAAUGUGUGGCAAAUGUUGCUCUUGGAAAAUCGGUGUCGGUUAGUUCAACAUACAGCAGCUUUCUGCCCUCAAACGCUGUGAAUGGAAACUUCAACGACUUCAUGCAUACAACAUAUCCGACAGGAGAAGGCAGACCGUGGCUCACAAUAGACCUUGGGAACAUAUUUCUAGUACACCAGAUUGAAAUCUUCAACAGAGCGGACUGCUGCGGUUCUAAAUUUCAUGAUGCUGAAGUGACAGUAGGAAAAUCCCUGGAUAACCUACAAUUCUGUGGCCAUUAUUCGGGAUCAGCAAGGAACGGAGAGAGAAUAGCGAUGUGGUGUCCUCCUCAGACAUUUGCUCGCUUUGUUAAAAUCCAGAUUGUAAAAGGAACACGAAACAUAUUGCACGUGGCGGAGGUUCUCAUUUGGGGAGUGCCUGAAGGAAAUUAUCAAUAUAUGCUUCCAUCCACAAAUUGUUUGAACAACGUUGCACUGGGGAAAUCUGUGACUGUGAGUACAACAUAUGGUAAAUUUCGGCCCUCAAACGCCGUCAAUGGAUACUUCAAUGACUUCAUGCACACAACGUACCCAACAGGAGAAGGCAGACCAUGGCUUACAAUAGACCUUGGGAAUACAUUUGUAGUACACCAGAUUGAAAUCUUCAACAGAGCGGACUGCUGUGGCUACAAGUUCCAUGAUGCAGAUGUUAAAGUAGGAAGAUCCCAAUCAAACCUACAUACCUGUGGACACUAUGCAGGGUCAGCUCAGAACGGGGAGAGGAUAGUAAUGACUUGUCCCUCACGUUCCAUCGCUCGCUUUGUCAAGAUCCAGAUUGUAAAAGGCACACGUAAUGUGUUACAUGUAGCGGAGGUCAUUGUAUGGGGUGUACGUGACACAGGGCGGCACCAGAAGACGUCAAAAUAGACAAGAAAGACAUGUCCUAUUUCAUCUGUUGUAUAAUCAAUUAUUCAGUUAUCUGAAAUAUUUUGAGUAAAACUGUGUUUUGUUUGCUUUGAACAAAUAUUUAAUAAAUACUCUAUCAAGCUUG